UGAGCCUCUGGUGAAUAAAGAACAGGUAGUCUGUUGAGUACGACGUAUGCCACGGACACGAUAGUUAUUUGUUUGGAACUAUUUUGUGUGGAAGGUUACCGUGUUCCAUGUCCAUAUAAAUAAAGGGGGUAGAGCUUCUCUGUGUUCGUCUGACAGUGACGGUGCGCUGAGGCACGUCGAGAGUUCAGCAGUGCAGUGGUCGCCACCACGCUGAAAAACCUCUCCAGUGUUGACCAACAGAAUCAACAUAGUCUGACUGCUGUGUUCAAAGCAAACUUGAGAAAAACGUAUGCUGAAAUCCACUAUAGGCUGAGUACUAGUUUACCUUAGAUAAACACUUCAUAAUUUUGUAUCGCUCUGUUUUGAUUCCCUAAAAGGAGCUGGUAAAGGAGCUGUUGUGUGACAAAAUAUUUUUUUCACUGUUGUUGAUGGACAGUAAUAUUGUGUGGAUAACUGCUCCAAGCGAAAAAUGUUCAUGUAAAAUUGAAAAUUGAAAUUGUUAUUUCAGUAAAUAUUUGCAUCUUGCACAUAGAAAACGGAUCCACAAUUCCAUGUUGAUGAGAGCAUUAAAAUGGGAAAAAAUAGGACAGAAAAUAUAAAAGGAAAUUUAGAAAAAAAAAAUUUGAGUAAUCACGAUUAAUUAUUAGUUAAUUUGAGCUAAUUAUGACAGUUACAUUUUUAAUUACAUUAAAUAUUUUCAUCGUUUGACAGCUCUAAUUGAGGACAGCUACAAGUACCUCGGUAUACCACAAGCCAAUGGCAACCUCGAACUGGCAACAAGGAAAGCGGCUAUGGCCAAAUACCUCCAGCGAGUGAGGCAAGUCCCAAGAAGCCAGCUCAAUGGCAAGAAUAAGACCCGGGCAAUAAACAACUAUACCCUGCCAGUGAUCAGAUACCCUGCAGGAAUAAUAAGGUGGCCAAAGGAAGAGAUUCAUACCACGGACGUUAGGACCCGAAAGCUCCUAACCAUGCAUGGAGGGUUCCAUCCUAAAUCCAGCACCCUGAGACUGUACGCAAGCCGAAAGGAAGGAGGCCGGGGACUAGUGAGUGUGAGAGCCACUGUCCAGGAUGAAACAUCCAAGCUCCAUGAAUACAUCAAGGAGAAGGAUCCAACGGAUGACGUACUCAGUGAAUGUCUCAGACAAUGGGGAACAGUAGAUGAGGCGCUGGAACAGGGACCAUCAUGGGAGGACAAGCCCCUACACGGGAUGUACCACCGGACCAUAACUGAAGUGGCCGAUCUCAAGAAGUCCCAUCAGUGGCUCGAGAGGGCUGGCCUGAAGGACAGCACAGAGGCACUCAUCCUGGCUGCUCAGGAGCAGGCCCUGAGCACCAGAGCCAUUGAGGCCCAGAUAUACCACACCAGACAAGACCCAAGGUGUAGGUGUAGGUUGUGCAAAGAGGCACCUGAGACGAUCCAACACAUAACUGCAGGGUGUAAGAUGCUGGCAGGGAAAGCCUACAUGGAACGCCAUAACCAGGUGGCUGGCAUAGUCUACCGAAACAUCUGUGCGGAGUAUGGACUGGAAACCCCAAGGUCAAAAUGGGAAACACCUCCGAAGGUGGUGGAGAAUGACAGAGCGAAGGUCCUGUGGGACUUCCAGAUCCAGACUGACAAGAUAGUAAUGGCGAACCAACCAGAUAUCGUGAUCAUAGAUAAAGGGCAGAGGAAAGCCGUUGUAGUGGAUGUAGCGGUCCCAAGUGAUGGAAACAUCAGGAAGAAGGAACACGAGAAACUCGAGAAAUACCAAGGGCUCAGAGAGGAACUGGAGAGAGCCUGGAAGGUAAAGGUGACAGUCGUGCCUGUGGUGGUCGGAGCACUCGGGGCAGUGACCCCCAAACUAGAUGAGUGGUUGCAACAGAUCCCGGGAACAACAUCGGACAUCUCAGUCCAGAAAUGUGCAGUGCUGGGAACAGCAAGGAUACUGCGCAGAACCCUCAAGCUUCCUGGCCUCUGGUAG